AUGGCGGCUUCAAGCGACUGGAUUAGUAAAGAUGAAGCUCUUACGGACACAUUUAACCGCUUUGAUACAGAUUUCUCGGGUGAACUAACAGCAGAACAACUGCAGGAGCUAUACUCUGACAUAAGAGAUGGAGGGAUAAGUUUACCGCAGGUAGAAGCGUCAAUAGAGGCCGUUUGUGCGGCCGAAACUUGCGACAGGCAGGAACUUUAUGAUGUUCUCAACGAAAUGGACCGGAGGUAUUUCCUCGUUCGCGACUUGCAAUGGGAAUUUUCAAUGCUGGACAGGGAAAAUAAAGGUGCCAUUAGUGAAAGAGAAGCAAGAUUCCUAUUCCAGGCUGUUCACGACGAUUUUUUCUCGCAUCGCCGGUGGCUCAAAUUCCUUCGUAGUCGCGCUGCUCCCGGUUCUGGAAUUAGCUUUGCAGAGAUUGAAGUUCCACUUUGCGAUAUGCCAACCAUGGAUUGGCUGGACGAAGAAAGGCAGGAUGAGGAUAAUGAAAAGGAGGAAGAGUUGAGACGUAAACGGGAGAAAGAGAGAGCCGAUGAAGAGGCGAGGAAGGCCGCCGAGAACAAGGUGAAAUUUGAGAAAGAGGCAGCGAAGAGAAAAGAAGAAGCGGCAAGGAGAAAAGCCGACGCAGAAGCUGCUAAGAAGAAAGCCGAACAAGAAGAACUGGAGAGGAAGGCGAAAGAAGAGGAGGAGGAAAGAAAGCGCCGGAAGUAUGAGGAAGAUGCGAAGAGGCUCAGCGAGGAAGAAGCAAAACGAAGAGAAGAAGAGGAACGACUGAGGCAGGAAGAAGCUAAGAGACUAGAGGAAGAAGAGAGGAAGAGAAGGGAGAAGGAAGAAGCUGAUCAGAAGUGGAAGAAAGAGGAACUGCGAAAACAGCAAGAGCUGGAACGAGAAAAGGAAGAAAGAGGUAAGAAAGUAUUUACUUAAAAUUGUUUUUACAAAAAUUUGUAAGGGAUGUUGUCUAAGAUUACAAGCCUGAGGUAGAGUCUGUGGUUACAUCCUGGGCGGGAAGGGGGUGUUAUUCUACAACCCAUGACUGCUGAUUUAGAAUGGUAAUUGAAUCGAGUGGAGUGCAAUUUGGUCUGACAAUGUGAUUUCAGAAUUUAAAGAGCACACAGCACAAGUUUGAUUUGAAAUUGCAAAACCAAACUUGCACAACAUGUAGUUCAAUUGCCACUUUAGUACAUCAAUUCUGAAACUGCAAAAUUCAGACAGUAAAAUACAGGGUAUUUCAGUCUGUAAAAAUAUUUUAUUGAUCCAGUGCUGAUCUGGUUUGUAAAAAGUUGCAAAAAUUGUCUUUCAUUUUCCACUAAUGUGAUUGGUUACAUUAAACAAGCUUUGAGAUCUGAUUGGCUAUUAUGCUUUAGUGAAGGUUUCUCUUUGGCUGAGAAAAAGAUGGAAUUUAGGGAAAAAAAUAGUGAUUUGUGAAUAAAUCAUACCAAUAAGGGCCAAUCAGAUUGCAAAGGAUAACUUGCUGUCUAACAGAUGAGUGAAACAAAAUGAGCUGUGCUAUCCAUUGGAUAGCAAUUUAUCUAGUGGAUAGUGUUUUACACCCUUCAAGCAACUGGAAUCAAACUUUUUACUGCCAGUCUUCAGUUAAUUCUUUAAAAAAAAGUGACAUGUGACCAAAUUAAUGUACUUGAAACCUCCCUUUGGGCUCUGGUUGUACAGGUUGGUGCUUUUAAAGUUGUUCUGGAAAAAUUGGAAGGCUAAAAAAUCUUCUUAGACUAUCUUAUCUUAAGAAGGGAUAUCCAUUGUGUUUGUAAGUUCCUAAGAAGAUUUUCAUUUGACCUCCUUGGUGGGGGAUGGUAGUUACAGCAUAAGAUAACGAUACCCAUAGUUGUAAGAGACAAAGUCUGCCAAUGCAAUCAAAGUGUAAUUAUUUGAAAGUGUGUCUGAUGUACCAUACUUCUCUGGAAAUGGAUACUAGAAAGUAUAUUUUUCCAUUAUAUUUCAUGAUCAUGCAGAAAGAGAGGAGCUGGAACGAAAGCAGAGAGAGGAGGCGAUGGAGGCUGAAGAAUUAGCUGAAGAAGCAGAAGAAGCAGAAAGAGUAGCAGCAGAACAAGCUCGUCUAGCAGCUGAAGCUGCGAAGAAAGCAACAGAUGAGGCAGCAAAGAAGGCUGCUGAAGAAGCACAAAAGAAAGCUCUUGCUGAAGCCAUGGUAAACAAGGAAAAGAGAUUGAGGGCCAACUUAAAGGGGGCAGUGAAAUCUAGAAAGGAAGAAAAAUUGGAAGGAUCAAUCAAGGAAGCCAAGACUGCUAAAAUGCCUGGUAAGUUCUGAUUCUUAUUAUUGGUCUGUAUUACAUAAAGAAAAUUUUUCUGAUGCAAAUAGUUAUUUGGGAGGAAGUUGGCUAAAAUAGGUGUCUUUCAUAUGUAGCAGACCUUAUUGCUCUUCUUUUAUAUUCAUGUUAAUUAUCUUUUCUGAGCACAUGGACAUGUUAUAAGACAAUUAUAGAAUUUUCACUAUAAAGCAAGGCCAAAGCCUUUGUAACAACCAAGAUCUAAUGAGGUUACACUUUGUAUGUGGCAGGUUUGAAGAAUGACAUUGAUACUGCAGAAAACACUCUUAAGGAUGUCCAAGCAGGAGAAGCCUUAAAAAGCGCAAUAAGGCGUCGACAUCUGGGUGAUCUGGAGAAGUCAAUGGCCCACAUUCGAAAAAAUGGCUGGGAGAAAGGCUGGGGCAUUGAACUCAAAGAAGGAGAAAAACUGGCAAGCAGAUUAAGACGUCUUGAGAAACUGAAAGCAGAAAUCAUGGAACUGAAACAAAGUGUAAUAUCAGAGAUCAGGAGUUAUGGGAAUCCACCUCCUGCAGUCCACAAGGUAUAUACUUAUAUGGGAUUUAUACAUUUAUUUAAUAUUCUAUAUAGAUUAUAGCAGAGCUCACAAAGCGUAGCCCCAUAAUUAUACAAAAUAGUAGUAACCCAUCAAUCCGAAAAAAUUUGGAUGUAUGACCAUACAAGGUGCUACUUUUAACAUGAGUGGUCAACUGUACCACAGGCACACCAACGCCAUGGCUUUGUUAAGUAGUCCAGUGGUCAGUGCACUGGCUGGAGCAACGCGUUGUGCCCUUGAGACGUAUGGGAAAAAAAAUGUGAGCUCUGCUUUUAGGCUUGGCUAAAUCUAUAUAUUAGAAAUAUUUUUUAUUAGUUCCUUUUUUUACAGUUCAUUAAAAACAUUUCAUAAUAAGGUGAUCAGAAAUGCACUCUAGAGAAACAUGCAAUGGAAAGUAAAGAUUAUAAUUGACAAGAAUCAAUCUUGAUUAAAACAGGAUUUAAAGCUUACCAGAAUGUAUUGUCAUUGAGAGUUAAAAAUAUCCCUCCUUUCAAACUGUCCAAAGGUUCCAAUUUCCCCCCUCCUCCUACCACACUCUCUCUUGUUAGGGAGGGGAAAGUAUACAUGCUGCUAUUCUAAAUUUAAGGUUAUUUCAAUUUGUGCAGCACACUAUUAAAAUAGAAAAGUCUUGAUGCAGCUAUCUUGAAUCUUAAGUCUUUAUUACUCCAACUUUCAUUGUCUCUUGUCUUAUCAAGUCUAGAUUUAUCAAUAUUCCUUGAUACUUGUUUCUUUACAGGUUAUGAUUGCCACAUAUCUGCUGCUCAACUAUCCUGAGAAGGAGUUGCUUAACUGGAAGAACAUGCAAGCACUGCUUGGCAAGACAGGCAAAGAGGGUUUGAAGCGGCAGGUCACAUCACUAGAUCCAUUACAUGUGGACAUGAGCAAGGCUGACUAUGCUUUUGAAAAGUAUCUGAAGGAGACUGAUUUGGAGACAAUCAGAGAUACAAGUGCUGGGGCAGCCACAUUCUAUGUUUGGGUGAGUCUAAAUGGUAUACAAGGGGCGGGGUAGGAGGGAAGAUUCCACAGAGUGUGCUAUAGCCCAAGUGAAUAAGAUGAAUCCAGUAUCAUGUUGGUGCAGACUUAGUAGUAAGUGUUAGCCUGCAGUUAGCUUGUUUUCAUUGGAAGAAUGAGAUACAGUUACAGGCUUGCAAUCAUUUGUUAGACUACCAUGUCUUCAGGGUUUAAGUGGAUGGAGAGGGUUAGGGGCAUAGCAUUCUCAACAAAAAAUAUACCUGUGCUGCAGACUAUGUUGGUUUUCAUCCUUUUCCCCAGGGUUCUUCCAUGGUUUUUUAUUUUUCUCCUAAGAAAGCAAUACUUUGAGCUCAUUCAGAUUAUUUCAGGAACUUGUAAAUAAAGAGUGCCUCAGUGUGUGCAUCAACCUUAAAUCCUAAUUACUUUAUAUUUUUUAUGUAUUCAUUUUUAUGUAAGGAUUCUCUACCAACUCUUUCUUGCUGUCAAAUCAGCCCACACUUUUUAAAAUAGUUUUGUCCCUUAGCAACUGCCCAUGAAAUUAACAGGUAAACAGUAAAGAUUCACCUCAACAAAUAGAUUCCAAGUUUCUGCGCAUCUGUUCAGUAGUAGAUUGCAGAUGACGUCAAAACCUGUUCAAAAAGUGGCACAAAGGGCAGCCAAGGGUGUCACUGAUGUUGUCAUUGCAUUUGGAUAUCUUCUGUGAUCUAUUACUGUACAGACCCAUGGAAACAUGGAGUCUGUUUGUUUUAUAUAAUAAAAAAAAUGUUAUUAACCCUUUACACCCUAACAUCAGUAUGCAUAUUCUCCAUACUGUUCUCUAUAUGUUUCCUAAGGUGCUGACAAGGAGAAUUUGGUUAGCAAUGUAGAGCUUCUUUAGUGGGUGAUCAGUUCAUUUAUUCUCAUGACCAUAAUGUUUGAUUUAGGGGUGAUAUUGUAAGGAUGGGUCUGUCCUCUAAUAGAUCAUAGGUAACAACUAAUCAAAAUGUGUGGUUAUUCAAUGUAUUAUGUAAUGCUUGAUUGACAAUGAUGCUUUGGCUUUUGUAGUCAACCAACAUGAUAGAGGAAGUCCAUUCUGUUGCUGAGCAGAAGGAGAAACUGUUGGAAGAAGAAAAGAAAAGAAAACAAGAAGAAGCUGAAGAAGCAAGGAAGGUGGCAGAGAGAAAGAAAGCUCGUGAAGCUGCAAAGAAAGGUGCACCACUGACUAAAAGAACGUCACAGAUACCUGGAAAAAAGACUUCAGUGACUGAUCAGGGAGGUAGAACAUCAAGGGAUGAAACAAGAGGAAGAAGUAAUUCUAGAGGCAGAGAAGGGAGUAAGGAGAAUUUGAGCAAGUCCCCUGCCAGACCAGGUGUGGCACGAAGGGCCUCUAGCAAGUCUCCUGCUGCUCGCAGCUAA